GCGGGCUCCGGGGCAGCGGGGAGGGGGCGGCGUGCGGGCGGCGGGGAGCCAGCGGCCGCGGCGACGCUCCCCGCUCCGGGCACCGGCACCGCGCAGGCCCCGAGUCCUGCAUUCUGGCCAUGUGCAGCCCUGAGGAGGAGGCCCUGCUGCGGCUGGAGGAGGUCUUUUCCUCCACCCUCGCCCGCAUCAACAGCCUCGUCCUCCAGCCCCUGCUCACGGCUGAGCCCUCGAACCCCCAGGGCAGAGAGUGCCUGCGGCUCUUGCAGCAGCUACACAAGAGCUCCCAGCAGCUCUGGGAGGUGACGGAGGAGAGCCUGCGCUCGCUGAGGAGGAGGCUGUGCCACCAGGACUCCGUCGGGCUGGAAUCCCUGCUGUUGUUGUGCGGCGCCGACCGCGUUCUACGGAUCCACGUAGAGUACAUCGAAGCCUACACUAGCUGCGUGGUGGUGCAGGCCUUUCAGAAGGCAGCAAAGAAGAGGAGCGAGUACUGGCGGGGCCAGCGGAAGGCGCUGCGGCAGCUCCUGUCGGGCGUGAGCUCAGAGGCCUCCGUGGGCACGACGCUGGUCCAGGCGCUCCGCCAGCCGCUCGCCCAUCACGUGCAGCAGUACGUGCUCCUCCUGCUGAGCCUCGGGGACACCGUUGGGGAGCGUCACCCCACUCGGGAGCUGGUGGUGCACGCGGCCACCCUCUUUGGGAACCUAGAGUCCUUCAUGAGGCAGGCGCUGGACCAGGCCACCGCCACGCAGGCCCUCUGGCACACCCUGAGCAGCCGGCUGAGAGAUGUGCUCUGCACCCCUGCUCGCAGACUCCUGCAAGACAGCCAGCACAUACCGGUGACGGUCACCCCGCUACGGGCGGAGCGCGUGCUGCUCUUCGAUGAUGCCCUGGUCUUGCUGCAGGGCCACAGCGUCCACACCUUUGAUCUGAAGCUGGUGUGGGUGGAUCCUGGGCAGGACGGGUGCACGUUUGAUCUCCUCACACCUGAGGAAGAGCUCUCCUUUUGCUCCAAGGACCCCCAGGGCCGGAUGGUCUGGCAGUGGAAGGUGACUCAGGCUGUGUGCCAGGCCCUGCGUGGGAAGAAGGACUUCCCCAUGCUGGGGGCGGGCCUGGAGCCCCCCGAGCCCCCCACCUGCCGCUGCCUGGCAUACACCUUCCGCGCCGAGGGUCGGCUCUGCCAGGCCACCUACGAGGGCGAGUGGUGCCGGGGCAGGCCCCAUGGCAAGGGCACCCUGAAGUGGCCAGAUGGCCGGAAUCACGUGGGGAAUUUUUGCCAGGGCCUGGAGCACGGCUUCGGCAUCCGCCUGGUGCCUCAGGCCUCCGAGGACAAGUUUGACUGUUACAAGUGCCACUGGUGGGAAGGCAGCAUGUGUGGCUACGGCAUCUGUGAGUACAGCACUGACGAGGUGUACAAAGGCUACUUCCAGGCGGGCCUGCGGCACGGAUUCGGGGUCCUUGAGAGCCCCCCACAGGCCCCGCAGCCCUGCAAGUACACGGGCCACUGGGAGAGGGGCCAGAAGAGCGGCUACGGCAUCGAGGAGGAUGGUGACAGGGGUGAGCGCUAUAUUGGCAUGUGGCAGGCUGACCAGCGCCAUGGCCCAGGGGUCAUGGUCACCCAGGCGGGUGUCUGCUACCAGGGCACCUUCCAGGCGGACAAGAUGGUGGGCCCAGGGAUCCUCCUCUCUGAAGACGACUCCUUGUAUGAGGGCACCUUCACCAGGGACCUGACCCUUGUGGGGAAGGGCAAGGUCACCUUCCCCAAUGGCUUCACCCUGGAGGGCUCUUUUGGCAGCGGGCCAGGAGGAGGGCUGCAUACCCAGGGCGUGCUGGACACGGCUGCCCUCCUGCCAGAACCGAGUGGCACCCGUAAGAGGCAGCUAGGUGUGGGCGCCUUCCCCGCGGAGAGCCGCUGGCAGGGCGUCUACGGCCCCUUCCGGGACUUCGUUAGCGCCGGCUGCCCUGGGGACUUGCAGGAGGCCCUGCUGGGCUUCCACGUGCAGAACUCGAGGGAGCUUCGCAAGUCCCAGGAGUACCUGUGCUGCGAGAGGACCCAGCCCGAGGACCGCGCGGGCAGAAUGGAAGACGUCCUGGACGAGCUGCUGCAGCACCGGGAGCCCAGAGCCCUGCGGCAGUGCCUCAGGAAGGCUCUGAGCAACUCGCUGCACCCCCUGGGAAAGCUGCUCCGGAGGCUGAUGCUGACCUUCCAGGCCACGUAUGCCGGCAUCGGGGCCAAUAAGCACCUGCAGGCGCUGGCCCAGGAGGAGGUGAAGCAGCAUGCCCAGGAGCUCUGGGCCACCUACAGGGGUCUGCUGCAGGUGGCCUUACAGCGCAAGGGCCAGGCUCCAGAGGAAGACGAAGAUACAGAGACAAGGGACGUGCAGGUGCAUGGAUUGGUGCUGCCCCUUAUACUGCCCAGCUUCUACUCGGAGCUCUUCACGCUCUACCUGCUUCUCCAUGAGACAGAGGACGGUCUCUACAGCCAGGGCAUUGCCCACCUGAGCCUCUUCCCCGACACCAAGCUGCUUGAGUUCCUGGACGUGCAGAAGCACCUGUGGCCCCUCAAGGACCUCACGCUGACAACCAAUCAGAGACUCUCCCUGGUCAGGGACAAGUGCUUCCUGUCAGCCACUGAGUGUCUGCAGAAGAUCAUCACCACGGUGGACCCCCGCGAGAAGCUGGAGGUGCUGGAGAGGACAUACGGGGAAAUUGAGGCCACCGUGUCGCGGGUGCUGGGCCAGGAGCACAAGCUGCCCAUGGACGACCUGCUGCCGCUGCUCAUCUACGUGGUGUCACGUGCCCGAAUCCAGCACCUGGGAGCCGAGAUCCACCUGAUCCGUGACAUGAUGGACCCCAUCCACACGGGAGGCCUGUAUGACUUCUUACUCACGGCCCUGGAGUCCUGUUACGAGCACAUCCAGAAGGAAGAUAUGAGGCUGCACCGCUUUCCCGGCCGCGGGGACUCCAGACGGCCCUGGUAGCCCGGCCGCUCCCGGGCCGACCGCAGAGCUGAGAGGGGCCGCCAUGGUCCAGCCUGGCCCUCGUCGCCCACAGAGCGGAGGACAGGAGGGGCCCCUGGAGGCGGUUCCCGGAGGCGAGGGGCAGUUAGUUUCUUCCAGGGAGACGCUGCUGCUGCCUGCAGUGGGCCGAGGGCGAGGGUGACACACGUGGGCCCGGAGCCGGGGGCUCCCCCUCCCCCUCGCCCUGCCCCUAGGUCGGUGUCGGAUGACCUCCCUGACCCGCAGCGGCUCACUGGCCUUUUUGCUGCCCGAGCCUGGCUCCCACACGGACCUCGAGGGGCCUCGGCGUCGCCGUCUGUUUACCAGCGGACUAGAUGGUCUGUGACGGGCCUUCCGCCCGUCUUGCUGGAUCCCGGAGUCCUUCUGGAAGUUUGACUUUUUAGGCUGCCGGGCUGAGAUUCUCACAUCAUCGCCGGUGGUGUUCCCUGUUUCCUGGUCAGAGGCUCCACGUUGCUAGUGAGGCCGCUUUUCACGAGGCCUUUUGUCCACGGGUGGCCUCCUAGGGUCCUGCCUCGUUCCCGACUCUGCCCCGGGAGUGAGCUGGUCUCUCUGGGCUGCGGGGCUGGACAAACCCCAGUCCACCCUGACCUGCUGGGUGGCCUCCGGCAAGGUCCUAAGAGCCACACGCCUGCAGCCCACGGGCCCGUGUGCAGGGGGACAGCAGUGGCAUGGGGCCAUCUGUGUUCUGUCCAGGCUCAAGACCCUGCAGGGGCAGGGGGAGGCCAGGGGGUCUCAGGGGCCUUGGGGAGGGGAGGACUUUGUUCCCACAAUGGUUUCCGUGUGGGACCGAGAGACACGGGAGCUCGGUCUUGGGGCAGCCUCACCCCUGCCUGGCCUCAGUUUCUUCUCCCCACAUCGAGGGGCUUCCACCUGGUGACCUGCGGGGGCUCCCCCUGCCCGGUCACAGGAGACGUGUGACAAUAGGCGGGGUGACUGAUCUGAAGAAGUCCAGGGACGAAGCACGGGGAGAGGGUGGAUUUAUGCAGGGAUGCAGCCCCGGAGGGAGAGCUGGGCCCGGCCGCCACAGCCGCCCUGCCACCGUGCCAUGGAUCGUGAGCAACUCAGGUCACCGUCCUUGGCUCCAGGUGUGCUCUCCGUAAAUGAGCACUGACCUCGAGGCCCGUGAGGGAGGCUCUCGGAAAGCCCAGCCACUCCUGAGCCCCAGGCGGAAGCCCCUCCAGGAGUCUCAGGGUGGGGGGCUGGUGGUGGCUGGGGGCACCCACAGACCCUGAGAUGAUGGAGGGCAGGAAGAGUGAGGAUAUCCGGAUGCCCUGGGCCUUCGAGCUUACCCAGGAUGGGGCCGUUGCUACUUUAAUCCUCUCAACGGUGCCCAGCUCCUUCUUGUCCCUUGGCGAGUAGAACACGCUUGCCUCAAGGCGGCCCUGAGUGGCAGGACGCCUGCAGCCUCACCCCAGAGGCUGCCCCCCCAAGCUCCCCCCAGCCCCCCACACCACCCGGCCUCCGUCAGGAUCCGGGAACUCUCACUGUAGCUCCGAUUCACCAGGACCCCUCCACCCGCCCUGUGGCCGGGCCUUGCCCGGUACCAGCGGAGCUGGAGCCUCUGGACAGGGACGGGAGAGGCCGAGGGCGGCCGCGCUGUGGCAGCCAAAACCCGAGACCGUGAGGACAUUGCCAGCCGAGGUCAGUGCUGCAUUCACAGAAGAGACGCUUGGAACCGGGCAGCCCGCCUGCCCCGUGGGCGCCUCGGGAGGCUGAUGGAGACGGGUCACCUGCGGGGACCCCAGCGAGGACCUCUCCCAGCUGCUGCGGGAGCCCCUUCGGCUGCAGGGUCCUACGUCUCGGGAGGUCAGGUUGGCCACCAGGACCUCAUGAUCUCCUGCGCCGGAGAGCUGCGAGCCCAAGGGGCCCGUUCCUUGACACCUGCAGGCGGCUUUCUGACAGGCUGCACGGGGCCACACCAGCCCUGUCCCCGGGGGCCUGGGUUUGGGGCUGAGAGAGAGACACCCGAGAGAUUAAAUGACCUCUCAGUGAGCAGACGUGUCAGAGUCACAGCCUGACCACCCCCUCCCUUCCACGGCAGCCCUGGGCCUACAUGCGGCCUCCCGUGGAGCCCCUCAACUCCUGCUUCCUGCACCCGCAUUUCCCUUCCGCCCCGCCUGCUCUCCAGCUCCCGCCCCUCGUCGUUCUGUGCCCCACAUGCGCCCUCCUCC